AUGUCACAAUCAUCAGAAGCACCUGAGACGGCGCGCGUCACACGAUCAUCGGCAAACCCUCRAAGACGAACACGAACCAGCGAGAACGACACCCUCAAGACGUCUGCACCGAGGAGGAAACGUAGCAAGAUCAGCCAGGAACAGUUCCAGCCACGCGUAAGCACCGAGCACGUCGACGCGAUUGCCGAAGAGGAAGCUUCCCCACAAGCAAAUGGAUUCCACCAUCAUCAGCGUCAUGUAUCCAACACUACCGAGAUGGAUGUUGUGGUGCGCGGGAAGAAGCCAGCGACAAAGCGGGCGAUGCGUGGGGAUGGCGCGACAGUUUUGACAGCGAACAAAUGCUACAGCGCAAAGCUAUUGCCCAGCACGCCCAAGGAGUUGCGCCAGGAAGGCGUAGAGUAUCGCGGUAGUCUGGAUCGGAAUGGGCGUGCGCUUGCGGUGACGCGGGAGAAGGCAAUCAUCUGGGAAUAUCACGCGCAUACCGCCAGCACUCCACGGGUAUUUGACGUCCCUUUCUCAGUCAAGGCGAGGGAAGAGCUUCCCUUUGCCGCACUGGUACCAAGCGGCGGCGUCAGCUCUACUGAUGCUGGCCUGGUGAUGAUCUCGGCUACAACAGGCAAGAUUGUGUACUACGAAUCCAUCGACCGUGAGGCAUUCAUUGGCCGGUUUCAGGAGAAGAACAACAGUGUGGAUGGCACGCUAGGUUUGUACUCGGGAGAGAGAGUGGUUGAUCUGGUUUCCGCAGAGCACGCUGGUUUCGUCGUGUUGUUGGACUCUGGCAGAACCGCACAGCUCGCCCUGCGAGACGCGCAAGGCAAGCCAAAAAUCACAGUCAACUUCUUACGCGUCACAGAGCCAGCGUCGGGAAGUUUCUUUGGCAGUUUCAAGGGACUACUGACCAGCGACUACAAGAAGGAUGUCUCCGCGGUGCAUACUCGUGCGCUCAAGGCUCGAGGUCAAAUGCAAGCUGUAUCGUUGACUGAAGGUGGAGAGGUUCUUACAUGGGAGCUGGACUGGACCGGGCGAUCAGAAUAUCAAGCCACUGCGCAAAUUCGCGAAAAACUUGUUGCCGAACUCAGACUGCUGGAAAUUCCAGAGCUGGAGGGCAGAUUGGAAAAUCUGGCUGCUCUAGACUUUGCCAUCUUGGAGAAACCAAUCGCUGGAGAUGGACUAGAGCUUGCCCURGUCCGUGGCGAAACUCACCAACCACUACAUCUCCUGGUUCUCCUGCGUGUCGGCGGAAAGAGUAUGCACAGCUACGCCGUAGCAGCACUCACUCUUUCGGGCCCUGAAGUUGCUGUGCACCACAUCAAAUACGUUUCAAAAUAUCACGGUCGACCACAGAGGAGGCCGAAGUUGAUUGUGCCCAAGCCGGAGCACAGCGUUUUUGUGGUGUUCGAGGAUGCUACAGUACUCUUCGCGACACGCGAGCCGAUCGUCGACAGCCCAGAAGCACAGCUCGUCUCGUCCUACGUCCAGCCAGAGCCAUUUGAAGAGGCCAUCUUUCUUCGACAGGGCAGAGACCUCUCCACCCAAGAUGUUGCAGCUGAGGUACACAGAGGAGGCAGUCAAGCGUCGUGUGUUUCCUUCGUCAGGAGCGCCGGCUUGGUGAGAUAUUCCUGUGUCGACGUCAACUCCCUGCCGGAAGGCCCCAAGCUGUCCGCGAAAUGCCAAAUCGAAGAGGCUGUGUUCUAUGGCACAAUGCAGCAGGACAACAUCCUCGACUUUUCAAUCGCCGGCCAGGAAAGACAUUCUCUGCAGGAUGUGGAAGAUGCUGCGUUGCAGAUUAGCGAUGAGAUUCUGCGCGCCGAUACUGCUCCACAGUACACCUCGUUUAUCUCGCAUUCUCCCCCAUCUAUGGAACAAGGUCUUGCUGCCAAGGUUCGAGCACUGAGAGCUUUGGCAGGCUAUCUUCGACGAUCUUACCCAUCUUUAUCAAGAAGCACCAUGUGGCGGCUCAUGUGGGACGCUGAGCGCGCUGCCGCCGGCCAGCAGCUGUGGACCACCUUCGAGGAGCACGUUGCGGCGACCGGCGGAGGGAAGCGGAGUGCCACCUUGCUCGACGAAGUCUGCCUUUGGUUUCAAGAAGAACCAUUCAUGGAUCGUCCUGAACUCUCCAACGAGGAUGCAGUUCGGAAGUUUUUUAUUGGUGGCUUACACCGUGUCGAGCAGUUACUGACGCACGUGAAGGUAUUCACAAAUAACAUGAAGACUGGCGACCAGCAGAACCCCGACAAGAUUCUAAAGCUUGCAAACCAGGUUAAUGACGUGUGGUGCAGAGGCUUGGAUGCUGCAUUCGCGUUCCGCGGCGAGAAUGCUGCCGACUACGGCAUUUUGCUAGACCCUCUAUCCGACGGCAUUCUCACUGAUCCUGUGGAGUACCAAGACCUUCCCGAAUUCUGGACGAGCACCGACAAGCUCAUCAAUUAUACGACACAGAUCGCGGAGCUGUCUCGUGAAUUUGCUUCAAACUACUUUGGGACGAACAAUUUGGAUGUUAAUGGCGAUGCUCUCGCGGCGGAACUUGCGCAUGCAAAUUCCGAACUUGCGAAGUUGUUGUGUCUUCAAACCCAAGAGGCUGUCAACUGGCGGAAAUCGCGUCCGGGGCAGCAGGAUCAAGCUUAUGCGGCCGCGCUUCAAAAGAGAUACUCCGAUCUUCGGUAUGAGGCGCUUCGWAGCCUUGCCGGCGUCGGUCAAGCGGCUGCUGGCAUGGAACUGGCCGAGAAGUGGCGGGACAUGAGAACGUUGACGGAUAUGGUUAUCGCGGAGGAACAGUAUCUCGUCGAUUGUGCCGGGAAUACCGCCCUGGGAUCUGUCGAGCGCGAGAAGGCCAAGCAAGGCUUGCAAGGUCUCAAAGCGCAGAUUCAAUCGUAUUUUGACAAAUUUGGAGAAGUUUGGUCAGAGCCUUUCUUUGAGCGCAUGUUCAGAGAGGGUUCGAUCGGAGCGAAGCUGGAAAGCGCGCAGAAGGAAUGGCCUGCUGCUCUCAAGACCUGGUUGAGAAAGGCUGAAUGGAGAGGAAAGCUGUGCUGGAUCAACGAUGUCGUUGCCGGAUCCGACUUUGGUCAUGCUGGAGCGGUAUUGCGGCGGGAGGGAGGGAAGGAGGAAGAAGUAUGGGCAAAGAAGGUCGAGCUGAGUCUCGGUCGACUUGCGAUGCUUGCGGCGGAGGAAGACGAUCAGGAGCUUGCCCGAGGCGGCGCUGUGCAGGCUGUCGCUACCAGCGAUCCCAUCGCUCAAGCGCUACGCAUCAUUGACAUUCAAGGACGCAUCGACGCGCACAUACUAUCAACACGCAUCGGAAGCUUGGACAGGGAUGCGGAGACCUUGAAUGUUAUGAACCGAUACUCAACGCAUCUGGAUGCUGGCUUGGAGGUUCACCAUACCUUGCUGGAAAAUGGACUCAAUGCGGUUAUCGACCACCGAGUUCUGACCAUUGAGCAAUUGGUGGAGGUUUUGACACUCAUUGACUUGAGUGACAGCAGCAGGCCGGAGGGUAUUCCUGAAGGUGGCAACUUUCUUCUCGCUCUACAGGCAGUCGACGCUGCCGUCGCUACGGGUUUGAGUGAGGAGCGAGCUGAAGUAUUGCGAGCUUUGGUCUGGAAGCGGAUGUACAUUUACGACGACUGGAAUUCCCUUGGUCGCAAGAUGGGCAGGAAAAAGGUUGAUGCCGAUCGACUUGAGAUGUUACGCGACACGGCUCUCUGGUAUACUCUCCAACGCGGAUUCGACGUGGAUUUCUUCAAUGGCGAUGGGCGCGGCUUUGCUCUUCCUUCCGAGGUUCUCGGGGUUGGUUGCAAGGAGACUGACUACAAACAUCGCAAGGAUCUUGGGGCUGAGAUGCUCGGAGAACUGGUGAGGGAAGAGAAGGUCAUGGAUGAGAUACUGGUUGGUCUGGUAGGCGACUGCGGGCUUGAGGGUUUGGUUGCAGAGUGUAUGCGAGGUGUUGACAGAGAUCGAUUGGCGCAGAAGGCCGAGAUGAAUGGGAAUGGAAAUGGGAAUGGGAAGCGUCAUGCGAACGGUCAUGCAAAUGGACAUGCCAACGGCCAUGCGAACGGCUUCACAGAGGGGCAGGAGGAUGAUGAUAUGUUUUAG